AUGCUAGACACAGCUAGCAAUGGGAACUUCCUCAACCAGGAUGUAGAUGAUGGCUGGCAACUUGUGGAGAACAUAGCUAACUCAAAUGGAAGCUAUGGAGAAGAGUAUGAUCGCACCAACCGGAGCUCGACCCACCACUCGAUCGAGUCAGACGAAAAGUUGAGAAAAGAUGUUAAGGCAUUGAAUGAGAAGUUGGAUAAGCUGAUCCUAGCUCAGUCCACAAUGAAGAAAGUCAACUUUGUGUCUGCUGAGGAGAUGGAACCAGUCCAAGAAGGGGAGGAUACACAAUUUGCUGAGGUGUGCUACAUGAGCAAUGGGCAAGGAGGUUACAACAAAGGAUACUAUAACUACAAGUCCAACCCUGCCAUGUCAUACCGCAACACUGAUGUUGCUAACCCUCAGGACCAAGUAUAUCCUCAACAACAAGCAGCUCGAUCGAGUCAAGGCCACAACAUGGGCUUCCCCCACCAACCGCCCCAGCCUGCACCUUCACAAGAGAAUGAGCUCAAGGCAAUGCUAAAGCAACUACUUCAAGGGCAAGCUGAUGGGGUAGUGGACACAAGCAAGAAGCUAGCUGAAAUAAACUCUAAGAUCGAGAACCUCAACACAAGGGUUUACUCUCUGGAGAAUCAUGCUUCUUCUGUUGCUGCUGCUACAAAGCAAGGACAACUACCUGGUAAAGCUAUUCAGAACCCCAAGGAACAGUGCAAGGUCAUCUUCACUCAAGAAGGACUUGUUGAAGAAGAGGAUCAAGAAAGGGUCAUUGAAGAUUUUUGUUUACUGCUGAAUGAUGAAGAGAUUGUUGCUGCUGAGGCUCCUGGAGUCCAGAUUGAUCAACCAGAAGUGCAUGCACCUACUGUGGCCAUUCACACUUCACCAGUUGAGCUCGCACGACAAGCUCGAUCGGCAGCUCGAUCGAGUCCAACUCUAGCUCGAUCGAGUCCGACCUCUUCUGUCCGACAGCCUGUUUUGCUUGAUCCUUAUCAACCGGUUGCCGCUUCCUCGUCUCGCCUACUUAGUCAAGGUCACAAGGAAGUGAUUCACAAGUUCAGAAGAGAUCUCAGUGGGAUUGGAAUUGAGUUGCCUCCUAUGGAUAGCAUGAGUGAGGCAUUUGAUCAAAUGCAAAUGGUCAAGGAUGUUCUAGCCAACAGUGAUAAAGUUUCAGAGGUCCUACAAGAGUCUACUCAUCAGUUCAACCUGCUUACUUCACCCACCUUCCUACCAAAGGUCAAGGAUCAAGGGAAAUUCACUCUCCCUUGCACACUUGGGCAUCUUGAGAUUGACAAUGCCUUAGUGGAUUCUGGAGCAAGCAUCAAUCUGAUCUCUCUCUCCAUGGCAGAGAAGCUAGGCAUUGCUGGAGCCUUGCAGCGCCCUACUACUUCAAUCAUGUUUGGAGAUGCAACUUCUAAGUCUCCUCUUGGAGUGUUCAAGAACUAUCACUUGAAAAUUGGAGAAUGCAUCAUCCAAACUGAUCUCACUGUGAUGGAAAUGGAAGAAGAGAAGGAUUUGCCUUGUUAUUGGGAACCCCUUUCCUUACCUAGAGGUUCAGACUUUUGUGCCACAAUUGACAGUACCAAUCUCAGUUCUAAGAGUCAUGGAGCUACAAAGGUUGUGAAGGAAAGGGUUGACAAGGAACCAAGAGUUGGGAAGGAUAAGGAUGAGAGAGGACCAAGGAUUGAGAAGCCACGUCUUGAGAGGGCUAGAGUUGAGAAACCACGAUCUGAUAGGCCAAGAGCUGAGCGACUUGUUCAAGCCCCUUGUGUGCUUGAUGAAGAGAGCCUUCAAGCUUUGUUUGAUGAGCCACUAGGAAGGGCUCUAAAAGAAGGGGAGGAUGCAGCCUCUAAGGCAAGACCAGGAGAUAAAAGAAAGGAUCCACCAGCUCAGGCCCCUUCAGUCAAGCCAUCUCAGCUCACAAUGACUUUGUUCCCCACCAAGUUUGAAAAUGGGAAGAUUGAGUACAAGAUAAGGUACAAGGGGAGAUCAAGGCCAUUCUCUAGAGCCAAGGCCUUGGUGACUUCAGAACAGUCCAGGGACCCAACCAAGCUAAAGGAGCUUCUGUCUCAAGUCCUCACUAUCACCCUUGAUGGUGGGACUAGCUCAACCAAUGCCUAA